AUGGUCAGUCCAGCCCUCAAACGAAACGCGGAUCACCUUUCCACCUCGGCUGCAGACAUCAAGAAGCCAAAGGGAGGGAGCAUUACAUCUUUCUUUGGUGUGCCCAAGCCCAAGGUGCUCAGCACACAAACAACCGGAGUCGCACCAGUUUCCCGGCCAAGCUCUUUCAGCAAAGAGAAAUGGGUAUCGUCUCUCACUGAGGAGCAGAAAGACCUAUUGCAACUGGAGAUUGAUACAUUGGAUGACAGCUGGCUUGCCCACCUAAAGGACGAUGUCACCACGCCCGAGUUUCUGAACUUGAAGCGAUUUCUGAAGAAGGAGCAGGACUCCAAGGCCAAAGUCUUCCCUCCCAAUGAAGAUGUCUAUUCUUGGUCCCGACUUACCCCAUUGCACACCGUUAAAGUGGUAAUUUUGGGUCAGGAUCCAUAUCACAACGAAAACCAAGCUCAUGGGCUGGCAUUCUCCGUGCGACCUCCCACUAGGGCUCCACCAUCACUGGUCAACAUUUAUAAAGGGCUCAAGAAGAACUACCCAGACUUUGUUCCACCACCAAACAAUGGUGGUCUGCUUACGCCUUGGGCUGAACGGGGUGUACUGAUGCUCAACACCUGUCUCACCGUUCGUGCACACCAAGCCCAUAGCCACGCUAAUAAGGGGUGGGAGACUUUCACCCAAAAGGUCAUUGACUUGGUUGCCCGAGUUCGAACUCAUGGGGUUGUGUUUUUGGCCUGGGGAAAGCCCGCCGGGUUGCGGGUGGCCAAGGUCGACCGCAAGAAACAUUCUGUGCUCCAAUCAGUACACCCAAGUCCCUUGAGUGCGCAUGGAGGAUUUUUUGACAAUGGUCAUUUCCGGAAAUGUAACGACUGGCUUGCUUUGCGGUAUGGUGAUGAUGAGGUGAUUGAUUGGAGCCUUGUGCCAACAAAGGUUAAGCCAACUGCCCCUUCGAACAAAGAAAAUUCAGCAACUUUGGGCAAUGUUGCAUCAGUGACCACUAAGGUGUCAAAUCCCUCAUGUCCUGGUGAGGAGCCAACAGUUGAUGCUUGCCCUGCCGACGAAUUCGACGAUGCAGAGGCUCUUGCAGCCUUGGCAGCAAUUGAGGAUGAGAUUGAAUGA